UCAACAUAUCUCCUUCUUCAAUUCUCUCUGCGGCAUUCUCUCAACACAUGGCGUACUACUUAAACGGCGCCAGCUACGGUCCACCAAUCCAGCCUCCGGCAAAAAACUACUACAGUCAAGGCCGACGCGGCGCUGAUGUAGGUUGCAGCAUCUGUCGUUGCUUCUCCAGCUGCCUCCUUUGCUGCGGCAGUUGCCUCGUAAGCAUCAUCUGCAACAUCCUCAUCGGUGUAGCGGUUUGCCUUGGAGUCGUUGCUUUAGUCCUCUGGUUUAUCCUCCGACCAAAGGUCGUGACGUUCCAUGUCACGGAAGCUAAUUUAACGAGAUUUGAGCUCGAUCCACUAAAUAAUAACCUUCAUUACAACCUCUCGUUGGAUUUCUCAGCUCGUAAUCCUAAUCAACGUCUUGGGAUUCAAUAUGAUCAGUUAGAAGCUAGGGGUUAUUAUGGUGAUCAGCGUUUCGCGUCUGUGAAUAUGCCGUCUUUUUAUCAGGGACAUAAGAACACGACGGUGGUUGGAACGGAGUACUUGAACGGACUGAGCCUGGUUUUGUUAGGCGCCGGUGGCCGGAGAGAUCUGGAGGAGGAUCGGGAGUCUGGGAUUUACAGGAUUGGCGUGAAGCUGAGAUUUAAGAUGAGGUUUAAGUUUUGGUUUUUCAACUCAUGGGCCGUUAAGCCCAAGUUUAAGUGUCAUCUCAAGGUUCCGUUGAAUACCUCUAGUGCAGCACGAGGGUUUCAGUUUCAUCCCACCAAGUGCCACGUUGACCUUUGAACAAUUUUCAGUUUUCUUUUUUUCCUUUGUU